AUGGGGUGGUUGCGUGGGAUAGGAAAGGAAGGAAGGGACUCCAGUGAUGUUGGAAAGGGUAUGGGGAAGGCAAAUGAGCAUGUUUUCAAUCAGCAUCGGCUCAUAAGAAUCCAUCCAAGUGCUCUGUUCUCCUUUCCUACUCGCCAUUCUUCUCUUCACGCCGUUCAUACUACUGCUUCAUGGCAAGAAAAUGGGCGAUUUAAUAAUCGGUUUAAUGAUUUUAAUAAUUAUCGUACUGAUGGAUUUGGCAAUUAUUUUAAUGAAUAUUCUAAUUGUUGGAUGGAUGAUGACCGUUAUUAUAAUCGACCUCCGAUGACUUCACCAUUUCCCGAAUUUCGAGAAGAUAGUUGGCGAAAUGAUGAGUUCUCUCGAGGACAUUUCAGAGAGUUUAAUAGGAAUUUUUAUCCUCAUCAUUCAUCAGAAAAUCCUGCAUUUUAUCCAUCAUUUGAUAAUCGACGAUUCAGUGAAAUCUCACCUUCACCUUCGAACUAUAAUCGAACAGUACAAAGACAGCGGGUGAAGUAG